CAGUACUUUAUCUGAGCGCUUUGACAGUGCACGUAUCCUCGCGUCUGAAGUCACUACCACAACCCAAUUGGAAUUUAUUGCCACUUUUGUCAUCAAGUUCAGAGGACUUCGACGUCGACACAAUGUUUACUCUCGGGAGUCCUGGGAACUUUGAGCGCACAUUACUUAUUACAGGUUCUACAUCGAAUUUGAUUUUAAAACUCAUUAUCUACUUAUCAAAACACAACGUUUCAGAACCCACAAUUAUUAUUGUUACGUUAUUGUACAGUUCAUUAUAGCAUGAAAUAUUUUCUCAAGCACACGUAAGCACUCAUACUCGAUCAUACACCUACUAAUUAAGACCUCUAACUUUCGAGAUCACUCUCACGCUCCAGUUGUAUCUUACAGAAACUUAAUUAGCACUAAAAUCGAGUCACGCUAUGUCGAAUCGAUUUACUCAAAAAUUAUGCCUAUAACUAUCGGUAUGGUACUUUUCUAUCCUUAACCUUAAUAAAUUGGCCGCGUACGACGCAUUGUGUAGGGUGUUAGAUCGACAGUGAUAUCUUACCGAUUUACGCGGUACGGUGUACGCGCGCGUAUUUGGUUUUACUUUUAGGUGAGCGUGCGCGAGCGCAACCACGCACUGCUCUUCCGUUAAGAACGCUCAGUGCAACUACGACACUGGCCGAGAACGAACUUAGAACCUCGAAUCGUAGACCGCGUCAAGAUCGCGCGCCGCUACACCUGUGAACUGUGAACUUGCGGACUUUCUUGUGCCGAUUAUUUUGUGAUUGUGUUUUGUUUGGCAUAUACACGAUAAACUGAAACUUCGUCCGCGGUGUAUUUCUGUUACUACGAAGAGCCUUGCUGAAGAACACUUCAUAAAGGUUCCACCACAGAAUGAGGUUGUACUGCGGUACAAGAGCGCGACUCCACCAGACAUCCAUCUAAUUUGUGAAUAGUACAAGAAUCAAACGCCAUGGAUCGAAAACUAUUUGCUGUUUUGGCGAUAACCGCCCAUUUAUGUAGUUUGUCCCUGGCUGACGGACCCGUUUUCGAUGGACAAGGCAACCCAAUCAACGCCGCACCCGCUGGCAACUUGCUCACUCAAACUGUUUACGGUUUUCUGGACUUCACCACAACUAUUGGCAACACAGUCAUGGUCUUCUCACCCCAGUCUGCUCCACCACCAGAACCACCGAAAACUGAAAAAUCUGUUCAAGAAAACAUCAUCGAAACAAAACCACCUCCACCAUCAGUCACCAGUAUCAAGCCUGAAGCGAUCAAACCAAGCAAAAUUUCCGAUAAAGAUAAAACUAACAAACCCGCCGCCCCAGCUGUGGUAUCUAGUGCUGUCUCAGUUGUAUCGUCCCCACCGAAAAAGGACAACAAAUCUCCGAAUGUACCUAAAUCUGUCGCAAAAGAGCAAAAACAAAUCAUAACUAAAGUUGAAGUAGUCGCUGGUCCGUCCAAAAUCGUUGAAAGCAGCUCUCCUAAACAAUCGUCCCAAAAAUCAAACAAACAAAACUCACAAUCGAGCAACAAAAACAAGAAAAACGAUGGUGUGAAAUCUGUUACCAGUGUUGUAAGCAGCAAAGUUGAAGUAAAACAAGGACCUCCACCAUCUAUUGUUAGUUCCAAAGUCAGCAGCGUUGUUGCAGUUAAAUCUAGCAAAGCUGAAGAAGAGCCUGCCAUCUUGAUUACCAAUAACAACAUCGGCGAACCUGAAUAUGACUUUUUGUCGCGUCAACCUUCUGAGUUUGUUGAAGAAACAUACAAAGUUAUUAACAUACGACCCUCAAAGGUACCUGGUCAAAAACACAAGCACGGCCACAAGAACAGGCAUCAACCGACUCCACCUCCAGAAGAUGAUGAUGACCAUCCCCUCGGCUUGGUAACAACGCUCGGAGGUACGAUUGUUAAGGAUGGAUUAACAACAGUUCAUGAAACUAGCGUCAUUGGUACUUUUAUAUCUGGUAAAUACGCUCAGGUACUGAACAGCAAUUCUAAAGUGCUGCCACAAGCAGGACAUAGAGGAAAAAUAUCUCCUACUCCAACUCAUCGAAUCUUGAAGACAGUUGGACCUUCGAUAUCCAAAAAUCAUAGGCAACAUUUGGAACCGACCCCAUCCAUUAAUGAUGAUGAUAGCAAUUAUGGAAAAACGACACGGCGUCAAAAUAACGGUGGAGGAUCCUUCAAAAACCGUCACCGAGUUCAAAACAACAAUGCAGAUACUGAAAGCCACAGCAGCCCACCUCCAGCCCAGAGCAAGAAAUUCAAAAACAGAAACAAUAAUAAUUCACAACGGACACAAAGUGAAACAGCGACUCCAUCAUUUUCCAACAGAAGGAAAGGCAACCGCAACUCUGGACAUAAGACUACUGUGUCAGCCUCGAGCAACAACGACAGCCAAUCGAAACGAGGCUUCAAACCUCGGGUUCAGCCUACACCCGUUGAGCAAGUGACCCCAGCACCUACUACCAGUGUGUAUAAAUUUAAGUUGAACCGCGCCCCGGGAUCAGGUCGCUGGCAAUACAAAACGAGUCCUAAGCCUAAAGUGACUAUUCGCAAGCUUAACGCUGAUGACGAGCAGCCAACAACGCCUAACUCAAAUCCGCUUCUUGAUGAUACGCAAAGCAAUGAUAUAUCGCCGCAAGCAAGGUCUGAUAAUGAUUUAGAACUAUCAGGUUCACAGAGUGGUCCCGGUACUCUCCUUGAAAAUGACACCGAGGACAACUCUAUUGAAAAACCGCCGCCAGUGGAAACAUUGAAAGUUGAAAUCUCUACUCCUGCUGAUUUCCGAGAUGUUUAUUAUGAAAUUGCUACUAUCAAGUCUCCUUACACCUUCCAGGUUGGACGUGUCAAAAACACUCGUAUAAUUACAGUAACUUCUACAAUUGAAAAGCGUAUAGAACCCACGCAGGCAAUCAACUCGCAAAGUUCUCUCAACGAACCGUUGACAGAAAACAUAUUAGCGACAGCAUCUCCUUAUGAAAAGGACCAUAAUCUCUUAGACUCAAGUAUAGCUACUCUCCCCGCGAUAACAUUAUCUUCAGACAUGGAAACACCGCCGCUAGAAACUGUUACAGAAACAUUCAGCACGACUCAGCACAUGUUGAAAACUCAUAUUUUACCCGUAGUGAAAGACGUAAACUUGACUAGUAGCUUAACUUUCAUUCAAACUUAUGAAGUUACUCGAUUCGUAACUGCAACUAAAACGUUACCUCCUAUGGACUUCUUCCAAUUUAUACCGAGCAAAACUCUUAAAGAAUUUAACAGUCGUCUGGAUGAAGCUGGUUCCGAAUUACAUCUGGAGUUAGACUUUGGUGAUAGCAAUGAAGACGAAGACGGAGUACCAAGGCGCGUGUUCCCACCGGAUCUAGACCUCGCUAACAUUGGAUCAGACUUUGACCUUACUGAAGUUGACAAAUAUAGAAUGCAAGAAAAUCAUCUGAGACUUAAGAAGGCUCAUGGUCAAAACAAAGCUAACCACGUAACUGAAUCACCCAACCCACCCACUCCCGCAUUAACUCCAGAACAGGCACAACAACUUGCUCUCUUGAGACUCCUGAAUCCUGCAGCGGCUGCUCAAAUUCCUGAUGUUGUAACCACAUCUAAACCUGUAAUCAAAUACGAAACUAUUUAUGAGUCUCACGUGAUUCCAGUGUAUGAUGGCAAGACGACAGUUCAAAGUACCAUUUCUAGGCCUGUAGCGACAAUAACCAAAACGGAAUACGAAAUCGGAACCAGCAGUUUGCCCGCGUUGCCUUUACAAACACUUAACCCACUUAACCCACUGUUCCCGCAGCAAUUCUCGGUAAUUUCAACACCAGUCGUUGUGAACACAGAGGUUACAGCUACAAAUAGUCAAGUAUUGAAAUUAACGUUUGGUGCGAAGACAGUAUACACCACUCUAUUCACCACCCAAGUUGUGCCAACCGUAUUGACGUCAUACGUGACGUCAUCGAUCCCGGUGCAACCGACCGCUGCACCGCCUGCCUACCCUGGAUUCUACCAGCCGCCAUUCGCACCCUUCCCCUACGUAGGAUAAGUAAACCAGUAAAUAUUGUAAAGAAAAUCAAUAAGUGCGGACUAUAAGUUAAAAAUUGUGUUCAGCAGUGUAUGUGAUGAUAACACGUAACUUUUGCACGAGAAACGAAACUUUAAACUGUGAAUGCGUUGUUGUAGUGCACGUGAUAAACUGUAUUGCGAGUAGGUGAACAGUAAACAGUGCAAAAGCAGCAGAACGGUGGGAUUUAUAGCCUUUGUGGAAACAUGAAAACUCUGGAGUUGUAUUUCUUAUAAAGUUUUGUGAGCCCGGCGCUGUGCGAUGCGUUCGCUGGCAAACCGUACGUGGAGGUAAUGUUUACCUGUAAUAGAGAUAACUAAUGUAACGCAAUUUACUUCGUACUCAGUAAUUGCUUUGUAAAUAAUUAUUAUUUAUAAAUAGUACUCUUGUACAUAACUGUACCUAAACCUACCUAUAGCUAUAGUUGUAGAUAGCUUCCAUAAUGUAUUUUAUAAUAUUUUGUACAAUACAUGUAUUGCUUAGAAUAAGUGGGUUCUAUACUAUUAAACAAAUAAAUAAAUAAAAUAUG